CGGACAUCAAUCCAAGUAGCUUUAGAGAAGAUACAGAAGAAACUUUGCAGCUUCAACAUGAAGGCGUCUGUGUGUUUUGUGUUUGCAGUGGUUUGUUGGCUCGCAGUGCAGGCAGAGGAGUCACAAAAGAUGCUCAUGCUUGGCAAAGUUAUACAUGAACUCGACAAGAUCAAACAGGGAAUGGUCAAAACCACAACUUUGAACUCACCGACCAUCAAUGAUCUGCAGGACUGCUGUGUUGCAUCUGCUCUGGAAUGUUUUCGCUCCCAAGUGAAUCACCUGUCAGUCACUGAUAGCAAGCUAAAACGGACACAGAAGUUCAUCUUUAACGAGCUUCGCAAAAAACUCAUUGUGAACGCUGUGUCCACUUGCAAAUCUGAAGAGAAACAGGUGAGGAAAAGCAAAACAAUAAAAAUAACUGCUGGACUAUUUUGUAUAAACUGUAAUAAUUCAAUGUUACUGCAUACAGUUCUGACUUGUGCAAUGUUCUGUUUCAGAAAGCUCAGUGCAAAUCAUGUGACGCGUACAAGAAGGUUGACGACGGAAUAUUUGUGGAGAAUUUUCAAACUCUGCUGGAAAAGAUCUAUGCCAGUCAGGUGUAGAGAUGAAAGAGUGAAGAGACUGUGUGUAUGACACUACCUGACCAAGCCACAGCAGAGAAGAGGCUCACAUGCUCCGCUGCUCCUGCUGUUCUAUUUAUUGAUUAUUUAUUGAACGUUUUCUUGCUUAUUUUAACUUGAGGAUCUGUUAAAGGAUUGUUCAUAACAUGUUUUUAGGAACAGGGUAACAGCUUGUUUAGGUAAAUAAGAUAUCAGUUAUCUACAACAUGUAUUCAUUUUGUUAUACCAUCACCUUGUGGUGAGAUGCCAGCACUGCCACCCUCAUAACAGCUCCGUUCCUGGAAAGAGAGGUGGUUUCCCUGAUUAAGAUUGAGCCUUAUGCAACAACACAGGGGCUUUCGAGUAGAUUUUUCACUUUGUUAAGUAUGCUAGGAAUUUCAGUCUUAAUCUUUGUCAGGAAAACCACUCAUGUUACCAAUGUAUCGUUAAAAAGCAGAUUCCACACUUGUAUGUCUCACACUGAGAUGCUUAAUAUAUUUUUGGAUUAUAUUUAUUUAUCAUUAAAAGAUUUCUAUAAGUUUACAUCAUGGUUGUGAUGGUUAUUUGGGGUGGACUUUGAAUUCUCUGUGCAUUUUAAAUCUUUAGUGCCUGAGCAGAUGUGACAGAAACAUCAUGAAUGGUGAAGUGUUUGCUCUCACCUAACACUAAA